CUCUUUUGGAGUCUGGUUCCCUGGCUUGUACAGUAGCUGGAGCUCUUGGAGAGGGCGGUCCCUGAGUGUGUGUGUCCCCCCCACCCGCUCUCCUUCCCCGCCCCCGCGGGUCCUUCCCCCAGAGGGUGUUUGCCAAGCAGAAGGAACCUGGAGAGCUCUGUGCUCAGGGCCUCAGCCCGGUGCAGGAGGAGAAGGGCGCAGGUGCUGGCCACAGCUAAGGAAAAUCCCCCUGUCUCAGCACGUGAAGGGCCUGCCCAGCUCGAGUGGAGCACGCCGGGGUCCGCACAACCGGGAGAACCGCCGUUGCUGUACAGGGCAAGCAACUGGGCUCCGCACUCCCUGCCCUGCUGGCCAUCAUGACAGUGAGAGAAUGUGCGGGGGGGCUUUAUCGGUCUCCCCCCCAUGCCCUCCCCAGCUUGCAUGCGGUUUCACGCUCCCGAGGCAGCAUCGGGGUCGGAUGCGGUUCCGCUCACCCGAGGUGCUGGCUGCAGUGACGUCAGGGGGCUUGGCCCCGCUGCGCUACGUGGAUGACCAGGGCCAGCCCACCCAGGAGUACCCCCUGAACCCCAACGGCUCCCCGCUGGGCAUCGCCGGGCUCUGCUCGCCCGACGGGCGCCAUUUGGCCAUGAUGCCCCACCCCGAGCGCUGCGUCCUGCCCUGGCAGUGGGCCUGGAUGCCGCCCGACUGGCGCCGCACCAUGGAGGUCUCGCCCUGGCUGCGCAUGUUCCAGAACGCCUGCGAGUGGUGCCUGGAGCACCCCGAGGGGGAGUCCUGACUGCGGAGCCCAGUCGCCAGCCGGUCUCGUAUCCCAAGCACAUCCGUGGUGUAA